GUCUCGAGAAAGACGUCAAGGCCCUAAGACUUGCCGCAGCAACAUCCUUCACGAACAUGCAGGCGGCUGGCAAAGACCUUACCCACUGUGUCGAGAAGCAGACCGAGCAUACGAAUUUACUCGAAGGCGUCAUAUCGAACAUGAGCCGGUGGGUAAAAGAGCUGGAUGGCGUCUGCAGUCAGACCGAGGAGGGUUUCAAGUUUGCGCAAAAGCAGACCAAUCGCAAAGCUAGUAUUGAAGAUUUGAAAAUGACGAAAGCUCGCAUGGAUUCGCUCGAGGCGACAUUCCAAAGUGUUUUGAGCUUUGCUCCGGAAGCAAAAACACACAUUCGCAUCCACAAGGACAUCCCCAAGGAGGUGGUAGAGCUGACUGCUCGCCUCGAUGAGCUCGACAUGAAGGUCGAGGGUUUUUCGAUGGUUGCAGAAAACCUGACGGUAGUUGAAACGACUGUUCAAUCACAUGGAGAAAUACUCAACGCUUUGGCUGAACCUUCCGAUGACACAUUUGGAGACAACACCGAAGCGCAAGACAACCAAAGCUUCUCGGGAGAGUCUAUCACUGAUGAUGUCAACUUCGAUGGUGGAAAUUCUGCUCCGUUCCAAGACUCGAUGUCGGAUGCGGACCCUGACUAUCCUGUGCAACACGGAUACGAAGACGAGCCCGAUCAGCACGAGUCGCUCGAAAACGAAGACAUCAGCUCGAUCAGUGACGACGAUUCGGAGGGAACUGCACCAUCGGAUGGAUCUCGUCAACAUUCCAAUGUUAGGAAGAGGCCCUCAUCCACACCACCCGCCGAGGAACCACCAGCCAGAAGAUCUCGAGAGGGACUCAAGGUUUGGGUGGACGAGAUUGGCGAUCUGGCAACUAAUGCCGGAGUCGACGAGACUUGGGAUACCAUGCUAGAGAUCUGGGAAUCACACGUGAAGUACUUCGAGGGGAAGUCUGUGGACUGGCUGUCCGUAAACACCAAAGAUAGGUGUCUCCGAAGCAUGCUCAUGAAGCGUUCCCACAAUUGGACAACAGAAGAACCGGGUAACUUUGCUUGCAAAGGUUGCUCGAACGAGAACAACAUCUGCGUUGUGCAGAGCCUGGGAAGUCUGGUCGUUCUCCCCUUGCCCUCGCAGGCUGUGGCAGACGCGUCUGGCAUCUUGGGAAGGUUUGUCGCCAAACAGAAGCUGAUCAGUCGCAAGCUUCUCGAGAAGGAUGUGUGGACGACCAAGACCUAG